AUGAGAAAAAAUAUGGCUAAUAAGCAUUUAGAAAAAAAGCAUAUCCCAAAAAAAUGCUUGUCAAUAAUUGAUGAUGCUAUAAAUAAAUAUUCAAUGAAUUCUUUUAAUUAUAAUUAUACAAAAAAUGUGUUAGAGCUUGAAGAAAUAGACAACCAAAGUGAUACAACAAAUUUUUUUAACAGCACUUCAGAUGAGGAACCAGAGCUAAAGACAUACAGCUCGAUAUUAAUUGAUGGCGAAAAUACUACAUGGGAUUUCAUAAAUGAUUAUAAAUUUACAUCCAAUAUAGAUCCCUUAGCAAAUAAAAAACUAUUGAACAGUACAAACAUGAAUAAAGAUACUUUGAACAUUUUAAAACUCUUACAAGAAUUAAACAAGACAAAUAAAAUUAACAAUUUUAUAAGAAAAAUGGAAUAUAAUGAAAUAAAAGAAUUAAUAUUCAUAAAUACAAAAUUACUUAGACAUACAACUAAAAAAAUAUAUAACAUAUUAAAUGAUCUUGUCAAAAAUAAAACUCCUGAUAUUUAUAAUAGUACCGAAGAAAAUUCUUUAUAUGACAGUUCCAUAAAAAAUAAAGCCCAAACUGACUAUAAACAACUUUAUAAAAAAAAUAAGACACUAUUUAAGAAAUAUAUAAUUUUACAAAAAUACUACAAAAAAAUAUGUAAAAAAUAUAAAGAAGAAAACGAUUAUUUAAAAAAUCACUUUUUAGAGAAAAAAACGGGAAACAAAUGGUCUAAUCAAAGUACUUGGGAAAAUGAAGGGGAGACCAAAAAAGAAGGCAAAAAUGUUGUAGCUGGAAUAAACCAUAAUAUAAUAAAUGAAACAAUUAAAGAGACCAAUUUAAUAGAUAUAAAAUAUAAAAAAAAUAAUAGGAAAAAUUUGCAUUUAAAAAAAAAUAAGUUAAUAAAUUGGAAAAAGGUAAAAGCAUAUAAAGAAUGUAGUGAGACACAAGAUUGUAUAAAAAAAUGUGAAACAGAUAUAUGCAUUGACAAUUAUUUAACUAUAUCAAAAAGUGAAAAUACAAAAGAUUACAAUGGUGAAGACAAUUUAAUCCCAUUAUCAACAAGUUCUGAAGUAGGUAUAGAUCCAUCUCAAAAGCGUGCAGAAAAUAAAGAAGGGGAAGGGGAAGAGGAAGAAAAGGAAGAACCAAAUUUAAUAAAUAAUAAACUAAGUGAUAAUUAUAUUAAGAAUGACGAAGUGAAUAAUAUUGAUAGUAACAAUAUUGAAAAUGAUAUAAAUGAAAAUACGGAAAUAAUUGAUGCUACCGAUUUAAAAGUUGAAUCUGAAAGUGCAGAUAAAAGAGAGUCAAUAGUAAAUGAUGAAAAUGAAAAAGAAUAG